GAUCAGACAAUUAACUUGAUUAUUUCUCUCUGAUGUAAUUGAUUUAAAGGUUAAUUUCUAAUUAAUUUGAAAUUGCCAGAAUCUAUUCUAUUUAAAAAGUUACUUUAACUCUUUCGUAUUGGUUAAUCUGUGAUUUAAUUUACUCAAAGUUGUUGAGGAAAAUAUUUUCUUUAUCCUCACUGAUAUGGAUUGGUCAUUGAUCAUAAUUGUGACUCUUGGCAACAACAUAAACAAUAAUUGUAACCAUAAUAAUUAUGUUAACAAUUUAAUUAUUUGUCAACCUUUAUUCUUGCAACCUUAAUCAAUCGAUUGUGAUUAUGAUCCUGUUCAUGGCGAUGAGGAUUAAAUUGUAUUUUUGGUAAACAAUUCAAUCUGCUUUUCUUUUGAUCAUCAAUUUUUGCUUUCUCUUUAUACUUUCACUCUUAUUUUGACUAAUCAUGCUAACAAUAUAUCCAAUUAGCAAUAACCAUGGUUAAUCUGGUUAAUCUAUUUGUGAUUAAUUAACCAUUAAUUGUAGCUUCAAGUGUUUAUUUUUGUUAAAUAUCUUCUCUUGACACUAUUUUUCUACAACUAAUUUAUUGUCCUCACCAUUACUCUUUGGAUUAUGGAUUAUCCCACUUCAAUGUCCAUCAAUUUACUUGAUUGUUCACCUGAUUCUUAUCGUCUUUUGGAUAAAAUUAAGGAGAAAAUAUAUAAAGGAGAAUAUCUUUCAACUGGACAAACCUUAUCAAUUAAGAAAAUCAAUCUGGACCAAUUGACCGACAAUCAAAUGAACAAUAUUAAAAAGGAUGUUUGGAUCAACAGAUUAUUAAGACAUGAAAAUGUUUUACCUUUUCUUUCAUGUUUCCUUCAAUCUGAAAAUCUUUGGAUUGCAUCACCUUACUGCCAAUUUGGAUCAGCAUCUGAUCUGAGUAAACCCUCAGGGUUAAUUGAACUUGCUAUUGCAUUUAUGAUUCGUGAUACUCUUGCUGCUCUGGAAUAUAUUCAUAAUCAAGGAAUUAUUCAUCGAGCCAUUCGUGGUCAACAUAUACUAGUCUAUGGUCCUCAAGGCAAAUGUUUAUUAACUGGUUUCCAAUAUGCAACAAGUACAAUGUCGGACGGUAAAUUAUUACAAUCAGUCCAUUCGUAUCCCGACAAUGCAAAAACGAACCUUAAUUGGUUAGCACCUGAACUACUGGAACAAAAUCUUCUUGGUUAUACAUCAACUUCGGACAUUUACUCUCUUGGUAUAACUUGUUGUGAACUCGCCAAUGGUUGUGUCCCUUUCUCUGAUCUUCAGCCAACGGAAAUGCUGUUGGACAAAUUAACGGGAAAUUUUCCCCGACCCAUUGAUUCAAAUUGUGGAGAACUAUCAGAAUUACCUACUAAUGAUUUAAAUGAAGAAGAACGGCUUAGAUACGAAGCUUAUCGAAAUCGACGAUUCAGUUCUCAUUUUCAUACAUUCACUGUUGAUCUUUGUCUCCAUCAUGAUCCAUACAAAAGACCGUCUGCUGCACAAUUACUUAACCAUAAAUUCAUCAAACAAUUAAAGAAACUGGAUAGUGGUACAAACUUGCUGACAAUAUUAAAUCGGGAUAGUUGAUGACUUUCUGUUUCUCUCUCUCUCUCUCUUACUCUAAUUGUUUAUCAUUUUGUAACAAAAAUAUAUCAAACCGUUGGUUCUAUGUUUAUAUUCAAUUAACAACAAUUAAGGUUACCUUCAAAGUUGGUUAAUCAAUUUCAUGGGAUUUUCAAUGACAAUUUGUAAACAGAAUCACAACAAAAAAAACUGGAUAAUUUAUCAAAUUGUAAAUGUAACAAUUAUCCUGAUCAUCUGCCUGAGAAUUACAAAUUGUGAACAAAUUUGAGAAACUAAAUCAAUCAAUAGUUUAACUCAUUCAACAAGUAAUAGCAAGUGUCUUAAUUAACUACAAUUUUCGCCAUUGAUUAAACUGUUACAAUUUCCAAAUUUACUAAAAGGAAAUUUUUUCGUGUAUCAAAUUAACUCUUCCAGUAAAAAAAAAGUCUUGAUAACAAUUUGA